UAACAAAACCAACCAUUUUUAUUUCCUUUUAAUCCUACAUUAAUACAAUCCCAUUUUAAAGCAUCUCACCACACACACAUGUUUUCAUGUCUCCUUUCCUCUUUCUAAUUCUCCUCUCUUUUGGAUUCAUUCAUUCACACCCUUAUUUCUUCAUCAACUCAUGCAUGAUUUGAUUUGAUUUAAUUUGAUUAAAUUAAAUCCAUAUUUCAAAGAUUCCAAAAUAAAAAAGUAGCUAGAUUCCCAGUAAAAUGAUUCUAGUUUGUUUGCUUUAAGUUUAAGAGAUCAGUCUAAUAUUUGUGAAGGAAGUUACUAAAGUGGAGGUGAUGGAGACCUUGUGUCCUAGUUCAGCGGUGUGGAAUUCGAGUUGGGUGCAGAGCAGUGGCGGCAGCGCGUGGACGAAAGAGGAGAACAAGCGGUUCGAGAGCGCUCUGGCGAUAUUCGACGACAAGACUCCCAACAGGUGGUUUAAGGUUGCAGAGAUGAUACCUGGGAAAUCUGUUUAUGAUGUAAUAAAUCAGUACAGAGAGUUGGUUGCAGAUGUUACUGAUAUCGAGGCUGGUUUGGUCCCAAUCCCAGGCUACUUGGCUUCUUCUUUUACAUUGGAAUUAGCCGAUGAUCAUCUCUUUAGGAAGAGGCCUAGGAACACUACCACUACUUGUGAUCAAGAGCGAAAAAAGGGGGUCCCAUGGACUGAAGAAGAGCACAGGAGGUUUCUACUGGGGCUGGAGAAGCAUGGGAAAGGGGAUUGGAGAAACAUAUCAAGAAACUUCGUGGUGUCGAAAACGCCAACGCAAGUAGCGAGCCACGCGCAGAAGUACUACCUGCGGCAGCUCUCGGGCGGGAAGGACAAGAGGCGGCCGAGCAUCCACGACAUCACAACAGUGCACCUCAUCGCCGAGAAGCAGCCGCUGCAGAAAUCUAGCCAUGAUCUUAUUUCCAACACCACCGAUGGCAUAGUGAUGGAUUGGAACACCAAAAAUGAGGAUUCUUUCACUACUCAUUGCAUCUUCAACAUUGGUGCCUCUACCCCUUCCUUCUAUAUCAAAUCGCCUAGAUUUUAUGGUUGAAAAAAAUUGAAAAUGAGAUGUAAUGUUACAUGUUAAUGUACCUAUCCGAAAAUGACCAUCUCAAUUAUUCCAUGUUGAUGUUUCA